AUGGAGCGCGAAUCCCUUGUCACUGGGACAGCUGUUGCCAAUAAAGAUUUGCAGCCCAAUCUCAAUGAAGAGCCAAGCCAUUCUCAAGCCGAAUCUGACUGGCAAAAUAUUCUACUUCAUGUCAACGGCAGUAUUUUACCAGGCUUUGAUCUCGAGCAUAUUCGCUCCAUGGGAACAGACGACUCUCCUGGACUUCGAGUAGAAAUUCUAGCUCGGGCUGGAACUCCUGCUGCGCCUUUGCUUCUCAUGAAGCUACAAAUCAAAUGUGGAGAGAUAUGGCAUCUUUUUGCGAUCAUCGCUUUGCCAUUUAGCGAAAAUAGAGUUCCGUUGUCCGCCGAUCUUAUUCAAGUAGCCAACACGGCUACUAUGAAAGCCUUGUUCACCAUACCGUCUACGUAUAUUAGCUCCAGUACUGUUAUCGAUCCUACGAAUGGCUUGGAUUUCGACCUCAUAAGAUUGGGACUACCUGAUCCUCAAUAUAAUAGCGCUCCUUCGCCUAGUAGCACUUUCGUCCGGCCCGAAGGCACCCAGAUAAUCUGUAUCACCGCUGAGGCAAAAGCUAACCAACUUGUCGUGGAGUACCCAUCCUCAUUUUGGCGGCAAGUUCACCGCCAGCCAACGGCGACGCGAAGCAUCGUUAGUCGCAUUAAAUCGAUGCUCUCGCCGAUGAGUCAAGAGAGCCAUAUUUCAUUCUGGAUCACGUUCCCUUUCUAUCAAGAUUGGAGACGUGAUUGGCGACUUUUCUUUGGCGAUGGACUCAAAGAGAGUCCCUUUGGCAAAAUUAAGUGGGAGAAACGCCAAGAAGACAAUACCCCAAGCCGUCCAUUUCGAUCCCUCUUGAUUCCCUUCCCAGAUUCAGAAUGGAUUGCAGCAGAAAACGACAAGCAGGAAUACGGCAUAGACGCUACAGGGCUUCCUACAGCCUACUUGAUGGCUGUCAACAUGAAGACCACCGAAGUGGUCCUACCUGAUAUCGGAACCUUGGUAGAAAUAGAUCUGUCAGUUGCCCAGGGUUAUUUCCAGCUGCCGAAACAGCCUCAAACAUCGCCUCACAUCCGAAAGAUUGCGGUAGAAGUUCAAGGUGUCCUUAAAGUAGCUGAAAAUAAGGCGCAGGGUGCUACAGAAGAAGCUCAGACCAAGCUGAGUGGUAUCCGCGAUAGGGAGGCUAUUGCAGAAGACUUCGCCCCCUUGAUAUCCGAGAUUUAUAUCGAAGCCGCUGCCAAGGGCUUAAUGCCAUAUAUCAAUAAAUUGUCAAAUAAAGCAAAGGCAAAGCAUCCCUCCGGGCCUGAAGAUGCUCAGCGAUGGGUAGACGCCCUAGAAGUAGCAUCUCUACUUCGAGCACGCAGCGGCGAAAAUGACAACGCGCAUGUCAAACGUAUUGCCAAAUGGGUCAAGUCUCAAGGUGUAUCAUUGCGGACCUUGAAGCCAAAUAAACUCGGUGAACCAUUUCUGGGCUGUCGUUUAGACCCGCCUUGCGAUAUUCCCACAGAGGUUGCACUCUUCCACCUGGAAGUACCCAAGCAGCCAGACUGGCCGCGCGGCUUUAAACAACCCCCCCUGCGAAUCGCCAUCCCAAAGGUCCUUCCGACCCCCAAAUCCCCCAUAAAUGUAUAUAGGAAGAAAGACUUCUUUUUUGCUACUGAGGCAGAGGCGGUAGAGGUGGAGUGUCUCGAAAUCCGCGUCGUGGACAAUCUUGAGCUGGAUCCCAUAGAGAGCGAACAGUUGGAGUCUACUCUCCGGAAAAUUGCCGUUGCAAUAACUACGGCUGAGUAG